GAAAAGCAUCAUCUCCCCUCCGUCGGUCCUUCCGGUAGCAUCGUCAUGAAUCCGCUCUCCUUCUUCUGCAUUGUUCUCGUGGGCGUGGCAACUGCCAACCGCCUCUCCAACAGUUAUGGUGCUCCUCCAGUGAAUGGCAACGGCAAUGGUAAUGGUAAUGGAAAUGGCUACUCCUACGGCGCUCCAGACCUCCAAGGAGCAGCUUCCACCCUGACUGGAGUCGCUGCUGGAGGCGGCAGUGGUGACCCCAUCGCUGACCUAGCAGCCAGUAUUCCCGGGGGCGGCGUUCCCGGGCAGGACUACCCAAUCCUGGCCUCAGUCCCAGACACCGGCUUCGCCUGCGCCGACCAGGAGUUCCCUGGGUACUACGCUGACACCGCUCCUGAAGCCGGCUGCCAGGUCUUCCACAUCUGCCAGUUCGACGACCGCCAGGACUCCUUCCUCUGCCCCAACGGCACCAUCUUCAACCAGCAGUACUUCGUCUGCGACUGGUGGUUCAACGUCGACUGCUCCGCCUCCCAGCAGUUCGUCGGACUCAACGCCGACAUCGGCAAAGUGUCUGACGAUGCCCUUGUAGGCGCCGCCUCGGGUAUCUCCCUCUCGAACUCCUACGGCGCCCCUCAGGCUGCUCAAGCCCAGGCCCCUAACCAGCUGUACUCCUCCCCUGCAAGAUUUUAAGGCUGACGAUGUUACCCGAAUUUCCUGAGGACUUCUGUCGACUUUCACUUUCCACUUACGAAAUCUCACGUGGCCAUUUGCGCCAAACGAUGGAUAUAUUUAUAUUUAUGGAUAUAUUUUUAUACCUGAAGCAAUAAACGAGAAGUUACUA